UCGUUACCGAGAACUUUUGAGAAGAAAACUUUUCCCUUCUACUUUCAUCAGUUGUCGUGCAUCAUUCAUAACAAAGAAAGCAAUCUGAGGCUGCUCUCUGUGCCUGUGUAGUUUUUUUUUGUUUAAGGUUUUGAUUAUCAUUUGAACUGGCAUAGGAAGAAAAAAUAAAAAAGAGAAAUUUCAGCAUCGAAACAAAUUUCUUUUUAUGAUUAUUUGGACGGUUUUAAUAUUUAAUUGACGCGCUUGAGAAGCAUCAAAAGGAAAAGUUAAACUUAAAACUUGUUUGGUAUGAUAAGAAAGUACAAAGAUGGUGAAGAAGUAGAAAGAUGAUAAAUAAAUAAUGGUCGAUUCGAUAAUGAAUAAAAUAUUCGAGAAAGUCAAAACCUUCAUGACAGAAGCCUGUCAUUGUUGUUGCUUCGGGAGUGUAUCAAAUUAUGGUUUCAUGCCAUCGUAUUCACGUUCAAUACGAACGCAUAUCAAUCUUAUCGAGCCACUUUGGGAUGACAUCAUGCAACCUUUCUGUGAUAAUUAUGACGACAAUCAACACUACAUUCAUGAUGGAUCGAGACGACGACGGGACCGAUCAAAACGUUCACAUCACCGACAAAGUCCAGAACUCGACAUCAAACAGCAACGGCGACAGCGAAAGCCGUUUAACCAUGAGAAGAAUGAGGCUGCUAGAGCAAAACAAUUAAAGCACAUUUCUUAUGAGAAACAAAACGUUAACUUUAACUAA